AUGUCUCAACUGAACCCCAUCGACCUCACCUCGGACCCGAUGACGAUUGACCCUCGGCCUCGUGUCCGUCCCCGCUCAGGCGACGAGCUCGAUGAGCUGUUCGAUUACCAGCCCGCUCUCAGCUCCGAGUCGGAGCUCAGUGAAGAUGACGAUGGUGAAUACGGCAAGGCAUCUCCUUCCAAGACACGUGCGAAAAAGAAGCCGUCCACCAGGGUGCUUGACCUCGGCUACGUACUCAAAGCUCCUCGAGCAGCUCAGCUUUCCACCAGGACCAUCGCCGAUAUGGUCAAGGACGAUGUGGUCGAUCUCGAGCCCGAGUAUCAGCGCGGCGUGGUAUGGCCCGCCGAAAAGCAAUCUGCCGUGAUCGAGUCGAUCAUGCGACAUUACUACGUCCCGCCCGUUCUGCUCUCUGUGCAGGCAGAAGAGGGCCCCGGGGGUGAGACCCUUUACGUAUGCAUCGACGGCAAGCAGCGUAUCUCGUCGAUCUGCGCCUUCCUCAACAACCAAAUUCCCGUCAAGGAGCCUUCGACGGGCCGCAGGUUCUGGUACAAGGAGGAUCUGUCCCUUGGCAAGACGCCAGCGCUGAGCCCGGCUCAGCGACGCAAGUUUGACAAUGAGCAGCUCACCAUUGUCGAGUUUGAAGGGCUCACCGACGAGACCGAGCGCGACAUGUUUAGUCGUGUUCAGAUGGGCGUUACGCUCUCGUCGGCUGAGAAGCUGGGUGCGCACCUGGGUCCUUGGCCCGAUUUCAUCCGCCAGAUGGUCAAAAGGUUCAUUGACCCAACGCCCUCGCUGGUCCACGACGAGGACGGCAAGAGCAUGCUGCUGGUCAGCCGCGGCAAGGACUACCUGUUCAUGGCUCAGAUUGCGCUGCUGAUCCUUAACGCCAACGUCGAGCAGUACGUGCCCUCGGCUCACACGAUCGACACAUUCCUCAAACAAAACGCCAAGAACGAUCCGCCGCGGUCGCUGCGUCAAAACAUGCAGCGCACGCUCGAACGCUAUGUGGCCCUCGCCAACCAUCGGCGCUACGGCGCAUGCAUCAAACCCGAAACCAGGCUCAACCGGCUCGGUCGCCCCGUGACCAAGCCGCUCUCGCCCGCCGAGUUUGUCUAUAUUGCGUUUUUGAUCUACCAGUUCCCCGAUGCGACGAUCUCGCAGCUAUUCCGUCUGGUGCAGGGGCUCAAGCAGGACGUGCGAUCGCAGUUCAAGGAUGUGCUGUUCAACUCGAACGUGGCUGGCGUCAUGCGUCGAUACAUCAGCCAGGCCAAGGUGACUCCCGAUGCCGAAUCGCUCGCAACUGCAGCAUCAGCCCCUAGCUCGCGCAAGCGCGGUCGAACCGAUGCGGGCGAUACCAGCGACGACGACGAUGGCGACGCCGACAUUCCACUUGCUGGUCGACGCAGAGCCGCCAAUGGUAGCAGCAGCAGCGGCGCGGCUGUGCUCGACAUCAAUCCGGACGCCGGCCUGUUCCGUGGAAACGCAGCUGAAAAUUCCCGAAACCCGCUCUCAAACAUGUCGCCUGCUCCGCCUCGUCGUUGA